GGAGGGACGGAGGGAGGCGGGCGGGCGCGGGGGUCAGGCACAGACACGGCACAGGGAAGCCGGGCGGCCGCUUUGCGCUGUUUGCUGCGCGGGCUUUUGGAGGCGGCGGCCACCGGCGGCAUUUGGCGCCUGGGGUCGGGGGGGGGGAUUGUGGGGAGAGGAGAAGGGUGGUGGUGGGGGGGUCGCUGCGGUGGUUCUCUGGUGGUCGCCCUCUUCCUUGCCGGCUCCCCCCGGUGGGCACCUCCCGGCGUCUCCGGGGACCUCCCCCCCCAGCACCCCAGUACCCCGCGGUAUGUCUUGAUCCCGAGCAGCGGGGUUCAUGGGGCUCCUUAGGAUUAUGAUGCCGCCCAAGUUGCAGCUGCUGGCGGUGGUGGCCUUCGCCGUGGCGAUGCUCUUCUUGGAGAACCAGAUCCAGAAACUGGAGGAGUCCCGGUCGAGGCUAGAAAGGGCUAUUGCGAGACAUGAAGUCCGAGAAAUUGAGCAGCGACAGACAAUGGAUGGCCCUCGGCAGGAUGCAACUUUAGAUGAGGAAGAAGACAUGGUGAUCAUUUAUAACAGAGUCCCCAAAACCGCAAGCACGUCUUUUACCAAUAUUGCCUAUGACCUGUGUGCAAAGAAUAGAUAUCAUGUUCUCCACAUCAACACUACCAAGAAUAAUCCAGUGAUGUCGCUACAAGAUCAGGUGCGAUUUGUAAAAAAUAUAACUUCCUGGAAAGAGAUGAAGCCAGGGUUUUACCAUGGACAUGUUUCUUAUUUGGAUUUUGCAAAAUUUGGUGUGAAGAAGAAGCCAAUUUACAUUAAUGUCAUUAGGGAUCCCAUUGAGAGACUGGUUUCUUACUAUUACUUCCUGAGGUUUGGGGAUGAUUAUAGACCAGGAUUGAGGAGGCGAAAACAAGGAGACAAAAAGACCUUUGAUGAAUGCGUCGCUGAGGGUGGCUCAGACUGUGCUCCCGAGAAGCUCUGGCUUCAAAUCCCAUUCUUCUGUGGCCAUAGCUCGGAAUGCUGGAAUGUGGGAAGCAGGUGGGCUAUGGAUCAAGCCAAGUAUAACCUAAUUAAUGAAUACUUCCUGGUGGGAGUGACUGAGGAGCUUGAAGAUUUCAUCAUGUUGUUGGAAGCGGCUUUGCCCCGGUUCUUCCGGGGGGCUACUGAACUCUAUCGUACAGUAGGAAAGAAAUCUCAUCUUAGGAAAACCACAGAAAAGAAAGUCCCCACAAAACAAACCAUUGCGAAACUCCAGCAGUCUGACAUUUGGAAAAUGGAGAAUGAGUUCUAUGAAUUUGCACUGGAGCAGUUCCAGUUCAUCAGAGCCCAUGCUGUACGGGAAAAAGAUGGCGACCUCUACAUCCUCACACAAAACUUUUUCUAUGAAAAGAUUUACCCUAAAUCGAACUGAAUACAAGAUGGGACUCUUCCAUGGAGUCUUGAACUCAAUUGACCUUUGGCCCUGUCUUCACCUUAGUCUUGAGUUCCACAACCUGGACUGCUGACAGUUGGUAUUGAACCACGUUAGUAAACAGACAGUAAAGCCAAGGAAAUGCGUACUGGCUGCUGUUACCCGUGGUCGGAAACAUUUUACAUUUCAGCCCUUCUUCUUUUCUCUGGUUAGAUUUUGGUGAGAAUAUAGUCUCCUCCCUGAAGAAACUACACAUCAUCUAAAAAGAAAACAAGCAGGUCUAAUGAGAAGGGUAAAUCCAGUUUCCGAAAAAAAGCUUCUGAUACUUUGUUUCCGAUUGAGCCCCCCCACCAUGGGCCCACCCCUACCCCACUAAGCAUGAAUGAAGAGGAGUCCGUUUUCUGUUUUCACCUUUACCUAGAGAUUUGGGUUCUCCACCUCUACUGAAUAGUAUUAUUAACUGCUUGGCAGUGUGCACUUUGUUUUUGUGAACCACGUCUCAUGAUUUAUUAGAAUGUUUGAUCAUGUUUGCUAAAAAAAGUGUUUCUGCUGUAGUUGAAAUUGCUCAUAUUCGUGUCAUUUUCAUUUUUAUUCCAAAAAGGUAUUGUAAGUGUUUAAAAAAAAGAAGAAGAAAGAAAAGAAAGGAAAAAAGGAAAAACAACUUAAACCAUUACUAAUACUGUUAAAAAAAAAAAAAAAAAAGAAGCAAAGCAGUAUUUCUCAUUCCUGUUCCCCCCACUAAGUUUGGAGGAGGCGUUUCAAGAAGGUUGACAUUACCUAGAGUUUAAUUACUGCUUCCACACAGUAAUUCAAAAACAAAAAACAAACAAAAAAACCCCAAAGUUUAGUAUUUGUUUCUCUAUGGGUCGUUUGUAAAGCUGUAAAUUGAAUUUUCAGUAAUUCCGUAUUAUAACUCCAUUAGUGAGCUGUGGUAUGAGGAGGAUUUUCCUACUUCUGUACUUUUACUCGUAGACUAUUUUUACUAAGGUGCUUUAUAAUGGGUUUUAAAGCAUUGCAUUUACAAAAAGAUGAAGAAGAAAAAUGCUGUAAAUAUUGCGUAUUUUAUGGGUCUGGACCAAAAGGCUAUAGGUAAUUAGCUAAAAGUGGUUUUGCACAAUUUUUUGUCAAGUAAAACCAUCGGACCCACUGUUCUUGUAUUUCUCAUCAACUUUGCUGUUCAGACAUCACUGAAUUGAAUUUCAGUCAUCUUUCCAUUUUUUGAUUGCAUUAUUCACAACUAGGGGCAGUAGUUAGAGUGGAAAGAGUCAGAACAUUUGAUUUCUGGUGCUGGCUCAGCCACUUAAUAGCUGUGUGAUCUUGGGCAAGUCACUUAACCUUUCUUUGCCUCAGUGUCCUCAUCUUGAAAUGAGGAUAGUCAGAUCUGCUGUACCUACCUCACAGGGGUGGUGUGAGGAUUAAAUGAGAUGAUGUGUUAAAGCACUUUGAAAACUGUAAAACGCUAUAUAAAUGGAAGGUAUUAAGGAAACAUCUUUGGCAUAUAUAGUUUUACCUCAUUUUUUUUUUUUUGAAUAAACAAAGGUGAGAGUACACUUAUAAGACGGUUGGAAAAGGUUAAUCUUGAUAGAAAGUUGUGUUUGAUAAAUAUUCUCAGUGUUUUAUCUUCAUGUUUGGUCAACUAUUGAAACAUGAAACACCUGUGAACUCUUAACAGUUCAUGAGCUUGAGUUCAGAAAGUUCCCUGUUGGGAAAAAGACUUCAUCAGCUGACUUGGGCAGGAAAUGUUCACCCUUUGAAUUUGGAACAUUUAUUUGGUUUUUAUUUUACACUACCUUUACAAGUGUUCACUUUUUUUAUACCUCUGUUUUUUAAGAUAUAUUCUACAGUUUGAUUUCGUAUGAAUUUCCCUUCUUACAGUACAGAGAUAAAGAAUUUUAGAAACAUUUUCUAAAAAGUAAUUAAUAAUCCUUAAUAUAUUGAGUUUCAAUAUUCCUGAGUAAGGCCUCAUCAGACUUAUGUAAGCAUGUUAGACCAGCUUCUCUAAAGGUCAUUCCUUAAUUGUGGGAGGGGUUCAAAGAAGGCAUCGCCUAUCAAAGUAUCAUUCAUCAGUAAACAUAUUUAAGGCUGAUAGAAGCAUUUUCACACCCUUCCAACAUAGGAAAAUAUUAAUAGGUCUUAAACAGAAAGGAUUUUCUUCUUUUUCUUUUUUCCUUCUACCUCUUCUCUUUUUCUCCCUUCUUCAACUCCUAUCUUUUUUGGUAUUUGUGUUCAUAAACAUUUACAGAUAAUUGUUAAAAGUCUUUACUAAUCAUUUCCUUGCCCCAAACUAAACACUGCUUCAGAAUGGAGCAUGCGUGCCAUUCAUCUGCAGUGAACCCAACCACAAAAUCGGGAGAACAAGCUGAAAUAUUCUCAAGGUACAGUAACUCUUUGUAGCAGCUAGAGUAGCACAUAAUACCUAGAUCCAAGGGGUCAGCAGACUUUUUCUAGAAAGGCUUUUUUUUUUGCCUCUGUGAUUAUCUCUGGAGCUCAGUGCUGGCACUAUGAAUCCACUGCUCCUGGUGGCUUUUUUGUGUUUUGUCUUUUUUUUUUUUUUAAUGGAUAGAACAGAGAAUUUGAGAGGGGGAAGGGAAGACGGGGAGAGAAAGAGAGACACCUGCGGACCUGCUUCACCUCUUGUGAAGCAACUUCCCUGCAGGUGGGGAACCAGAGGCUCAAACUGGGAUCCUUGUGGGGGUCCUUGUGCUUCGCACUAUGUGCGCUUAACCCAGUGUUCUACUGCCUGGCCCCUCUAAAGAGAAUUAAGAAGUAAAUAUGGUAGGCUGUACAGGCCAUACUCUGUCACAACUAGUCGGCUCCACCACUUCAGAACAGAAACAGUAGUGAGCAAUACAUAAAUGAGUUUGGACGUGUGCCAGUAAAAGUUCACGACAUUCAAGAUACAGACCAUAGAUUGUAGUGUACCAAGCCCUAUAACAGAGAAGUCACUGUUGAUGGAAAAGUCAUUUAUUUAAAGAUCUGCACUCCAGUGGCCUAAAAGAGUCUAUAUACUCCCAACAUCUCUUAACGUACGUCCAAAGACUAGUUUUCUAAUUCAGUCAGUCUCUCCUACAGAUUCAUAAAGUUUUUAUGGUGUAGACAUGUUUUCUUUCUUAGUUUAAAGGUUCAGCAUAGUAGCAUUAUUCUCUCUUUAAGGAAGGUUAGGAAUAUCAUUCCUGGAGAUUGAGAAGGAUUUAAUUCUCUCUGUUCAGUAGUGUUCUUGCUUUCAGACAAUUGCAGAGACCUUUUAAUUCCUAACUUUAUAAUCGGUGAAUAAAUAAAACCACUCAAAAUUACAAUGUAUUUUUUAAAGUAGCAAAUGUGAUUUUCUUUUUUCAGCCUUUGUGCUUUUUCAGUAUUUUGAUCAGAGGGAAUGGUUUUGAUACAAAAGCAAAUUAACCACUCUUGAAUUUUAAAAGAUAAUGUUGUGUGUAUAUGUGUCUCUCUAUAAAUAUAUAUAUAUGUGUGUGUGUGUUAUUUCCUAAAAGAGGGAAAAAUACCUUUCUGUCCAACUUGUAUCAACUCCUGUUUUCUAUUUGCUGUGAAGUGGCAACUGUUGAUAAGAUUGUGGCUGUUUUAAAAUGUAAUGGGAAGGAUAUAUAUAUAUACAUAUAUAUAUAUAUUUUUUUUUACUCAACUUUAAUCUGUAAAAUAUCACUUAAAUAUAUCUCGUGGCAACACUUAAAAAUAUUGCACGGGCUUAUUACUUUUCCAUUCAUAUCCACUUGUAUAACUUUGGACAUAUUUGGGUGCUUCUGAAUUCCUGAGGGAUUUUAAGUUAUUGAAGAUCAAAGACCUUACACUUACUGACUUUUACUUUUUUAAUGUUAUCUUCUGUUCUUAAAAUUAUUUAGUACCUAUAAUUUGAAAUCUACUGUUGUCCUGUCCCAAUAUGCACCCUACCGGAAAUUGGUGAAAUUGUUAGUGCCACCAGUGAUUUGCAAACAAUAUUUUGAUAUUGCAGAUGAUUUGCUUAUUUGCAUAGUUCGAAAGAAAACAGUUUGUAGGCAAUAAUUCUUCUUUUCUAAUAAAAGUUUAGUAGAAAUCCUAAGAUCACUAGAGAAUUUAACUAAAGGCUGGUUCCCAAAUGACCAGUUGGUAUUUUAUUUGCAGAUUCUACAUGGAGAGCAUCUGUGUAAACCAUCUCUCUGAGUUUUCUCCCAUUGAUGGUUUUUAAAUGCACCAAUUGACCUAGAAUCUCUUAUUGUGAGAAGCAGCCGGGACUGUAACCUUUUACAAAGUCUGUCUUUUAACAGGCCCAGGUGUUUCUACUUGGUGAUGUGAAAUGUUGUCUUUUCAUAAAUUUGUGCUAUUUAUUUUGAGUGGAAGCAGGGCAAUUGCUAUUAAAUUCUUGCAUUUAUCUACUCUAUCAAAGCUGCUGUUUGACACUAACUUAACUGUCAUUCAAGGCAGCCUUUUGAGGGGGCAAAAACAACCCUGUUUGAAAUGCACUGCCAACUCAUCUCCUCUGGAACAGAGCUUACUGUCUGACUGCCUGGAUUGGAGCUUACUGUCUGACUGCCUGGAUUGGAAGAUUUCAGAGAUUGCAGUGGGUGAUCAGUUGGUCAGAUUUGUCCUAUAAUUCAAGUUCACGUAGCUUUGUGACCUUUGCAGUACUAUUUUUAGAAGAACCCUAGGGUGAGGAUCUCUUUUUUAACAUAUCACGGGUAAACCUGUGAUUUAGACAUUGGUGUGGUCUGAAUUUUUAGACAGCUUUCAUAGCUUCCUAUUGUGAGUCAGGUAUGUGAACCUCUCUAAAACAAACGUCGAAUGUGAUUUUGAGAAACAUGGGUUGUAUAUUUGACUUUAAUUGUAUAAAUAUUCAAACAACUAAGCAGUGCCUUUUGCCCCACCUCACCCGCCACAAUCCAUGUUGGAAGAUGCUCCCUCCUUCCUGUCUCUGCUGCUCUCUUUACCCUCCCACUCCCUUUCCGUCGAUUCAUUUAUGUACUACUGUUUCCGACUUGAAACCAUUUUGUCACAUCUGUUGGAGAGCUAAUCAUGCCUUUUCCUUAACAUUCUGCCAGCUUUCUGUUGUUGAAAUGUUUCGGUUGAUUACCUGAUGCAAAAGCUAUAAAAUAAACACUCAGCAGGAAGGGGGAAAAUG